AAUUUUACAACACAAAUUAUAAAACAAUAACAAAGCAAACCCACCUUGCACUCUCUUUCUCUCUACAAAACCCAAUUUCAGUUUCUCCAUAGCCAUGGAUUCGAGCUGUAAAACUGGGUCCUGGACUAACGAGAAGCACUUCCACUUUCUAAACUCCAUGGAGGCCUCGUUUGUGCGUACAAUGUUUGACAACAACUACAACAACGAUCCAAUUCUCCGUCUAGAUCGGUAUUUACCAGACAGUUCUGACUCGACCUUAGAUUUGAAAAAACGCCGAAAUAAAAAGCUUGUUAACCAAGGAGUUGGUAAUAUGGGCAAUAAUGUUAAGGGUGGUAGAGCCAAACUGUACGGCAAGACUGACAAGAGAACAAGGAGAGUAUCGUCUCAGCCGUCCAUUCCACCACAAGAUCAGGUGGUCCCACAUCUUGAAAGUUGAAGAACAGGCGGUGAUAAAGAUUAAGAGGGACCCCCAUUCCAUAAUGUAUCGAUUGCUUGCACCUGUCAGCUAUGGCCUAUGAAUUGAGAAAAGAUUCUUCAUUGUAGUGAAAUUUUAUUUUCUUGUAAUUUUUUUUAAUAUUAAUAUAUUUUUUAAAUUGUCUUUCAAUUUUUAGUUUUUUCAAUUAAUGUGGGUGUAGCGAUUGGAGGAAGAUGAGUAGAUGACCAUGUUAAUUAGUGAGAGUUACACAAGAUCGAAUGUAGUGCUGAAAUGACCAAAUCAGCCUAUUUAUUAUUAAAAUAUUCUUGAUUGAUGAUAAA